AUGUUGAAAUUCCUGAAGAAAGGAGCUGAAGAAUCCUCAUCGGCAAGGGAUAAUAAACAAGGACAAACAAUCAAAGACUUCCUGGAUAAAGCACGGGAUGAAUUCAAACAAAGAUGGGAGAAUCCGGGACAGCUAGAAGCAGUCCACAAUAAUCUUGCCGUCUCCUUAUUCACACGAUUUCCUUUCCACCCCUUUUUAGGGGUGAUUCUCAUUGCCACGACGCUCACCGUGUCCACGCUAAACGGUGAGGGUAGUGGAGGUGAUUGGUGCCAUUUGCGUACCCCAUCCUCCACUCGUACACCCUCACCAUGCCGUUCUCGUCACGUCUCUCUAUCUCCAUCGCCAAUGCCCACCAAACUCGAGCAUUCAUUUCUCGAUCUUCCAUCAACAUCAACCAGAUCCGUUUCUAUGAUCGCUUCAACUUUCGACGAGUUCGAUGAGCCAAUCGUUCACCCAUUGAUGCGAGUUGGACCUUUACAAGGACAUAGAGAACCCUUUGAUGAGCUGACUGCAAAUCAUCCAAUGAUGCGAGCUUUACAAAUGGACAAAAACAAUGAUACAAAUGAUCAAAUCGUUCAUCCACUGAUGCGGGUUGGUCCGCUAAAAGCGAAGGGUGAGCCGAAAUUCAACGGUUUCCCCGUAUUACCCCAGAGUUCUCAGGGUGGUCUAACGAUCGGAUUACCGCUUAAAAAGCGUCGAUCCUCAUCGAACGGCUCAUCGGGUUCAAUCGAGAAAUAUCGAAAAAUAGUGGAAACACAAAAAGUGAAAAACACAAACACAAAUCAUGCUCAAAUCUCACCCACACAUCACUCAACUCCAUGUCAACCAUCCUCAUCUCUCUUAUUGAAAGAACUAAAGCUAAAAGAUUCGCAAGAGUCGACAGAUUCUCGAAAUUCCUCUCCAUCUCGUGGCCUAUUCUCUUCACUUCGCAAUUUGACCAGUCCCACUGAUGAUGUAAAUCUUGGCGCUGAGCUUUUUUGGUUGAAAUCGCAAGUGUCAUCGCAUUGGAGUAUGAAAUGGUUGUGGAAGAACACAGCCUCUCUGGAUGAUUUCGAUCGAAUCAAAACCCUCGGCACUGGUUCAUUCGGACGGGUGAUGCUCGUGAAACAUAAACAAUCCGGCAAUUACUAUGCAAUGAAGAUUUUGGAUAAACAAAAGGUGGUAAAGCUGAAACAAGUGGAGCACACAUUGAAUGAAAAGAAAAUCCUGCAAGCAAUCGAUUUCCCUUUUCUCGUCAACAUGCAAUACUCGUUUAAGGACAACUCCAAUCUCUACAUGGUUCUCGAGUUCAUCAGCGGCGGUGAGAUGUUUUCUCAUUUGCGUCGCAUCGGUCGCUUCUCCGAGCCUCAUUCGAGAUUUUACGCGGCUCAGAUCGUGCUCGCUUUCGAGUACCUCCACUCAUUGGAUCUCAUCUAUCGAGAUCUCAAGCCGGAAAAUCUUUUGAUCGAUUCAACUGGAUAUAUCAAAAUCACCGAUUUCGGUUUCGCGAAACGAGUAAAGGGACGCACAUGGACUCUUUGCGGUACACCCGAGUAUUUAGCGCCAGAGAUCAUUCUAUCAAAGGGCUACAACAAAGCCGUCGAUUGGUGGGCGUUGGGUGUUCUGAUUUAUGAAAUGGCCGCCGGUUAUCCGCCAUUUUUCGCCGAUCAACCCAUUCAAAUCUACGAGAAAAUCGUCUCCGGAAAGGUGAAAUUCCCAUCGCAUUUCUCGACCGAGUUGAAGGAUCUGUUGAAGAAUUUAUUACAGGUGGAUCUAACGAAACGAUUCGGUAAUCUUAAAAACGGAGUAGCUGACAUCAAAAAUCACAAAUGGUUUGGGUCGACUGACUGGAUUGCAAUCUAUCAACGUCGAGUGGAAGCCCCAUUCCUUCCAAAAUGUCGAGGUCCGGGAGAUGCCUCGAAUUUCGACGACUACGAAGAAGAGCCAUUGCGCAUCUCGGGCACCGAAAAGUGCGCUAAAGAGUUCCAAGAGUUU